UGUUGUAGUUGUUGUACAUAGCUUAGCCUGUAUAGUUAGUACUUUUGCGUGAUAUGACUCCAGUUUUACACCAUGAAACCGUUAGACUCAGAUGAAGAGGAAGCAGAGCAGCUGGGGGCUUACCAGAAGGAACUGAGACAGCGGGCCAACCAGAGCAUACAGCAGCUGAGCAGCGCUCUGGAGCAGCUGAGCUCUGACGGAGAAGAGGUGGAGGAGCCUGGAGGCAGCGAUGGCGGCUUCUUCACCACCGUGACUGAAGAGGACAAGGCUGCGUGGAGCCAAAAGACACAGAGUGAAGCAGUUAAUCAACUGAAGAGCCUCCUCCUUAAGCAGUGCAAAGAAAUCCCCCCUUCUCUCUCACCUUCCAAGAAACAGUCUCCAGCCAAGAGAGUGCAGCAGGAGGGGAGAUCCAGUCUGCCAGCUUAUCAAGAUUUGGUCCCAAUGAUCCACAACCAGUCAGAGUACAUUCAGCACCUGGAAGCUGAGGUCAAAUUGUGCAAGGAGGAGCUGCAGGGGAUGAAACAGCGCAUCAGAGUGGUGGUGGUUGAGAAUGAGAAGUUGCAUUCAGAACUCAAAUCCAAAGCUGUGGAUGAAACUCUGAAAGAUUACACGAUCAGAAACUCUACGGUGAAUGAGAGCAUGACAGCCAACAGCCACAGCAUACUGCAGAGAGCAGAAAACACCAGGUGGAAACAUGAGCUGGAACAAUUGAAAGGGAUCUACCAUGCCCAGAUUGAAAGCUUGGAGGCUCAGAUCAUCUCCCUCAGAAAGGAUCUGUCGGUCAGUCAGAAGGAGUGUGAGGAGGUGAAGGUCAGUCUGAGACACCGAGAGAAACAGGCCACAGAUGCACUGAAGGCUGACAAAGCUCCCCGUGUGGCAGGACUGUGUCUGAAGUGUGCGCAGCAUGAAGCUGUGUUGGCUGGGACUCACACAAAUCUGCACGUCCAGGCUAUCGACAGGCUCACAAAGGAACGUGAUGAGUUACUGGUGGCUUUGCGCGCUGUGCGGGCUAGUCAGCAGGAGGCGCAACAGAGGGAGUGGUCAGCCUGUCUCCAGGUCAAACAGGCUGUGGAGAUGGCGGAAGAAGCAAACCUGUACAAAGCUCGGGUGGAGGUGCAGUGUGAGCAGCUGUCCAGGGAGCUGGCUCGACAGAGGGAACAUGUAGAACGAGAAGCACAGGCCUCGCAGGAGAGAUUGACAGAGGCCAGAGAGGAGGGCCGGGCUGAGGCCCGCAGACAGAGAGAGGAGCUGGCACAAACAGUGUCCAGCCUCUCUCAGCGUGUUGCCGAGUUGGAAGGGCAGCUGGACAGAGCUCACAGAGACAAGAGUUCACUGACCAAUCAGCUGGAAGAUACUCUUUGCAAACUUACCAGUCAGGAACAAGACAAUACCAAGGUGUGUGUGGAUCUGCGAUAUCAGCUCAGCCAGGCCCAGCUGAAGAAAGAGGAGGCAGAGAGAGAGCUCAGAGAACUCCACACAAAGACCAGCAGGCAGAUGGAAAAAGCUGCACAGGAAGUGGAAAGGCUGAGCUCAGAGCUGGUUGGCUGUCGGCAGCAUCUGGAGGCGGUCCAAAAGGACGGGGGCCAAUGGCAGGCCGAAGCCCUGAGCCUAGCAGAACAGCUGGCAAACGCCCAGCGCCAACUGCACCUCACCAGACAGGACAGAGAAAGUGCAGAACGGUCUCAUGAGGAGAAAAUAUCGUCUGUGACCCUUUCAGCGCAGGAAAGAGAGCGAGAGCUGACUGUACUACUGGAGCAAACAGAGGCUCAACACCAGAGGAGAGUUGGAGAGCUGGAUGGGCUGCUGAGUUCCCAGAAUUCCCUGAUCAGGAAGCUGAAGGAGGAGUGCUGCUCGCUGGGAGUCAAACUGGAGGAGCUGACAGAAAAUAGCAGAAGAGAGCUGGAGCAGCUGGCCCUGGAGAAGCAACACCUUGAGGAGACGGUAAAGAGUCUGAGAGCUCGUUGCACCGACUUGGAGGAUCAGUGUGUCCAGCAUGGCCGUAUGCACCAGCGCAUGAAGGACAGGCUGCAGCAGUUGGACCGUCACUGUCAGAGCAGCGCCCAGCAGGUGUGUGAGCUGCUGGCCAAACAGAACCAGCUGAUGCAGGAGAGAAACACACUCACCGAGGAGAUGCAGAGCCUACACAUGGAGCUCCCAAACACCAGACGAGUCGAUACUCUGUCCACAUGAGUCUGUCCUGCCUGUUUGGAUCUGAAGUCUGACAUCACCUGUUGAUGAGAACAAAUCAAACUGUUAUUUAUGGGUUUACUGUUGUGUGUAACAUAAUACAAAAAGGACACAAGUGGAAACACUAAAUAUUCACAAAGGUUGUUUUUCUCUUUUUUUUAAGAUAAGAUAUCUUUUUUAUAUUGUACAUUUGGUAAUAGACUGAUAUAUAAAGCGGCUAAGAUGUCCAAGAAUAAUGUGUUCAGCUUUUUUUCUUUUUUUUUUUAAUGCUUAUUAUAUGUUUUUUACAGAUAUAACCAGCAAAAUCACUUGUGCUUUAAUAUGAGUUUCUGGAAUGUGCGGAAUUAUAAUAUGAAUACAAUAUUUCUAGAUUUUCUGCUUUUUUUCCCAGAGCACACAUUAAUUUGUGGGAAAAAGUUUGAGCCAUUAAUCUGAAGAAUAUUUCUAGUUUCAUUUUUAAAACGUUUUAAAGGGAAACUUUGCCAUUUUUGAACCCGUGUUAAGUAUUGAGAAAGAGUGACAAAGAGAGAGGGCGAAACAUGCUGCAAUGUAAUCGCUACAGGCAAAUUUACUUAUAUUUUUUUUAAAAAUAUAUUUUUGGGGUUUUUUUGCCUUUAUUGGUUCGGACAGAUGUAGUGUGAAAUAGGGAGAGAGAGAGGAAAUGACAUGCAGCAAAGGGCCAAAGCGAACCCCCUGCCGCUGCAGCAGGGACACAGCGUCUGUACACGGGGCGCCUGCGACACUUUUAAUAACAAUCUGAACCUUUUAGCAGCAAAAAAAAAUGUGUAAAUUGACGAUGCCCAGUUGCCCGUAGGGAUUACAUCGCAGCACUGACUCCAUUAGUCACCUACACACAAAAACAUAGGAAAACACGGCUCAGGUUGAAAUAUAGGCUACAUACAUUUUCCUGAAACUAACCUGAACGUUCGGUAUAUAAAUAGUAUUUUUAGUCAUAAAGCCAAUAAAAAGUUGACACCAUGGCAGCAGAUUGACAUAGUGCUUUAUUGAAGCUGUCUGUAAGAAGGAAAAUAAUGUGCAUCCCUAUCAUAUACAUUUUAUGUGUAAAAAUACUAAGGAUGUACAGUGUAAAAAACAGCUUCAUGUUGAUGGUAAUUUGUUGUUUUCACAUCCUGGCGGCCUCAGCGGCCAGCAGCACUGCAUCCUGACAGCAUGAGGGACAGAAAAAGGCUGUUUGAUCGAUCUGCUGAGUUUCCCGACACUCGCCCGUCUCAGAGUCAACGACAGCUCUGCUCCGCUGACAUGUCGGAGAGCAGAGCUGACUUCAGUGUUACAGUGCUUCGGGGAGGAAACGUGGCCCGCUCUGAGGACAGCUGGCAGCUGUCCACAAAUGUCUCACACAGCUGUAAAGCUACAGUCGAUGGACAUGGACAUGAAAUGAAAACUCAGUUACACUUAGUAGUAUUUGUACAUGUUUGCCGUUUUUUGUUUGCUGUUUAUAAAUAAAUGCAUCUCAUGCUUGUUCAUGUUAAUAAUCAUGAUGAUAGUAGACUAGUACCAGAGGAAGAAGAGAGGGGAGGAGUUCUGUCGCAGACACGAGGUCAAAUACUUUCAGAAAUCCUUCCAAACACUGGAGCCGUGUACUUAUUAUCUGCAUUAAACGCCACGCCGAGUGAUUUUUUGGCUGACGCCGUCGGUUCAUUAACAACGGGUGAGAUCAAUACAGAGGAGCUGAGGUCUUUGAAAGGAUUUUACAUAUUAAUCAAAUACUACUGGAGUCAGAUCUGUUGUGUGAUAGAUGUACAGUACAAACAGCAGCAGCUUUAAGAGUGGACACUGUCAGUGCAGCGUCGGGUAUCACACACAAAGGUCGAGGGCACCAGUAAAGCUGUGAGGAGGCUUAAACUGACCUUCAGCGUCCAGUUUAAGACUGACGUGUGCCCUAAACUGAUUCAUAGUCUUUAGGAGAAAACCCACACUGAUGAGGAGGAUUACUAAGCUCCACCUUCUCCACUUUGAGGAGGAAAACAUUUAUUUUUUAAUGAUCUCUGACCUUAGAAUCAACGUCUGGCGUCGCUGCUGCCAGCAAGUGAACUUGAGGAUCAAACGAGGAGAGUCGGAGGCUCAACGAAGGGAAAACUUUUCAACACAGGAGAGGAGAAGGAGUCAGUGACAUCUGUGGAUUUCUCCAAACAUUAUGAAGACUGACCAAUUUACUGAACAUUUCCACUGAGCGCGAUUCUGCAGUGGCAGCACUGGCUCGUCUCUGUGGGACACAAUCACCCAGGUCCUGCCAACUCCAGACAUCAGAGCAACAUCAAAGCUAUCGGUCGUAUGUGGAGGGGAGAUGUGCUUUAAAAAUCCUCAUUUUCUUAAAAACAUGUUUUUUAAAAAGAAGCUAAAAAUCUUCCUUUAAAGCAGGGCUGAAUCAGAUUCCUCUGAAUCAUAUAAAAAGUGAUGGAUGUGAAAGUGCUGUGGCCAAAGCUACAAAGCGGUAUUUUAUGAACUCUGGUUUCUAAUGAUUUUGGCGGUAAGCGUGCGCAUACAGCUAGAACUCCUCAGUCGCUCGCAGACCUGGGUCAAAUCAAAGCUGAAAUCCUUCCAAAUACUUGGGAGCGUUUGCUUGAGCCUGUCGAGGGUGCCAGCUGGGUGGGAACUGUUCUCAUUUUGAGCUUUUUUCGGCUGCUUCAGCUGUGCCAGACAGGCUCAAUCGAUCACAGAGAAGUAUUUUUCAUAAGAGUUCUGAGUGCCACUUUGACUCAGGACUGGUAGUGCGGACAGAGGACUACAGCAUGCAGGCCAGCGCCAUCCUUUUCUACUUUCUGCCAUAAAGCGCCUUUGCCAGCUAGUAGCAAUUUAAUGGAUGUGCAAGAGUAAAGCAUAUGGACUUAAGAGCAGCGGAAAAACAGGUAAUGUGUCGUAUAAGAGAAAUCUGUAAAGAAAAAAAAAGGAGGCAUUUAUUUUAAGAACGAAAUCUCUGAAGACUCAAACUGCAGAGUGAAACACGACUACGCCCCCUCACUGUUAAACUCCAAAACAAAAUAACAUCAAAUAAAUUAAAUAGAAAAGAAAUUCAAGUUAUCCAUCAAUAAUAAAAACAUUCAAAUAAUAAAUAUAUUGGAAUACAAUUUUCUACGCCUCAUGAGAGCACAUCCCCUGGUGCUCUUUUAAUCUGUGUCAUCCAGAUAUUAAAGGUGUGUCUUCCACGUGUUUUUAAAAUGCAAUUGAAAUGUCAAUUUUUUAAAAAUAUAUUUCCUCACGUCUGGUGAUUCUUUGACAUUGAAGUGCUAGAUGUCAACAUUUUUAUUCUGAGCUAAACCAUAAGGCUUACUGGCAUUUGAAGACAGAUAAAUUCAGGGGAUUUUAAAUCUUGUUGGUCAGACUGGAAGACAUGACGACGCAAACAAACAAAGUCCAGACUGGAGAAGUGACAGCACGCGUUAAAGACAGAGGAGACUGACUCUGAUCGUCCUCACUCAUGAAAUAAAAUCAUUCAUUUACAAUCCAAAAACCUGACUGAUCUUGCAAACAAAUCAAAACAUUAUCACCUCUCUUUUUUGACUUUCUCCUCCACUCUGCCUGACACACUUACAGUAAACAGUAGCACUUAUAGAUAAAAUCUCUUCCAUCUUUACCACUCUACAUUCAGACUUCUGCACUUGUUUUCUUUCUGCUCAACUUCCACUUUCUCUCUGAACUCGCUGCCUUCACCAACACACACCUGUGGUAACAGUAAACAUGAGCAACAUUUGGGACAACAGUCAAUCAGUUGAGAUGAGCCUUCACAGUAACAUCUGCGGGUAGAGUUGGGCCGGUGUUGAAAUGUUAAAACCGGUUUGAUUUUUGCCAAACACCAGACUGCGCUGGUUAACUGAAUUUUACAACUUGACAGAGCGGUCGCAACAGAGUGGCACAUAAUGACAGUUCGUCCUGACAGCAAACAAGUGUCAGACCAUCGUGUAACAUCGGGGCGCUCUGUCCACACUGAAUGCCUCAAAUAUGCAUUUCUGUUACAUUAUGUAAACAAACCACAUAAAUAUCAGCUGUGCGCUCGAGAUCAUUUAACUCACACAUCUUCCAGUGCUCUGCUUGGCUGCAAACGGCUGCGUCCUGGACAAGCUCAGCUCAAGUCUUACUAUCUGUCUGAGGACACAAAAUGAAUUUUAGUGUAAACUGACAAUAAACUUCAGUAUCGUAUCCUAUUGUAUCGUAUCACACUGGAGGUGUAAAAGAUGUGAGUACUUGCCAUCUUCCUACAUUUGUACCUUUUUUUAAAACAGAAACUCAUGUUCUUAUUGUGAUAUUUACUGUUUUACACAAUUUAGCUCAAAACAGCACACCGUGUCCCGCUCAGUUAGUUAGGACACCUCUUUUGUCAGCCUCAAAUCUAAAUUAUUGCCAUAUUGGUUCAAGUUUAGUUUUUUUUGAGAGACUAACUCUUCCAUGUCUAGUCUUGUCUCCCCAAAAAACACACGAACUUGCUAGUAAACAAACGUGCUGUUCUUCCAACCUCCCUCCUCUAAUGAAACUUGAUCUCCUUCAUGUUGCAGACGCUCAACUCAGCAGUAAAUUGUUAGGCCAUUUAUAAAUGGACAUAAUAUUAUGUUAAUCAUGUCAUCAUAUUGCUUUAAGUUAAUACUAAUGCAAAACAUGCUGGAUUUAGCGCUGAUUUAGAAUAACUUUUAAUUUGUUUGAACUUGUCAUAAUAAAAAAUGCCAGUUUGCAUCAAAUGAAACUGGACAAAUGAAAGGUCG